UAAGAUUCAUAAUAAUUGAUAAGAAAUUUCAUGCGUUGUUUAUGGGCUAGUAGUGCUGGUUCAUGCCAUUGGUCAAAGUUUGAUGGGCACAGUCUUUGAGGGAUUGAUUAUCAUGGUCUUUUCAGUUUUCUUGUUGUGAUGAAUUGAGUGAAAGUUUCAGGAUUUAAUGCAAGUGUUGGUAACUGGAUUGAGGUCUGUGUAUAUGAUGGGGAUUGGAGUUGAGGAAUUUAGAAUGGAUAUAUGUUCUGAGCAUGUCUGUGGGUAUCUUGGGGUGAUGGGUAUUGCUUGAGUGGAAUUAAGAAGAUAUUCUGAGAAAGGAAGGUUUGAUUGACUGGUCAGAUGAAGUGGAUUAGGUGGGCCGUAGUGAUUAUAACUAGGUUGUGUUGCAGUAGUCCUUCGGUGGCAUCACUGUCAUUGAAAUUAUAGUUGGUGGUUGUGUAUCAAGCUUAGUGGGGUGUAUAUUCAAUGAAUAUAUAUUGCAUUUGACCAUUCAGUUAAGAUUGGUUAGUUGUGAGAGAGUUCUCAAAUGGAGUCUUGAUUAUUCUCAGGUGAAGAGUAUGUUGAAACCCAUUUGGUUUUCAGAUAAUUGGGUUUGUGUGCAUUAUUGUUGUGGAAUUUAAUGUGGGUUAGACAGAGACCUGUGGAGUGCACAUUAGCUUAGAACUGAUGGGUUUGUUGAUUCAUGUCGAUUCAAAAAGUUGAAAAUUGUUGCAGGAGAGAGGUUUGGUUUGUGUGUUUUGUUGAUUGAAUGCUGAAAUUUAAUGCGCCCAGAAAAGCUGUGAGACUUUUGUAUAAGAUAGUGAAUGUAAGAUGUUUGUUUGUUCAUUGAUGGUUGAAAGUUUCCAGAGGGGAAGAAAUUAGGUGAAGUGAUAUGUUUGUAGUGGGGAUUGAGAAAGGAGAACUGUGGUUAGGGAAGAGGUAUUGAGUUUUUUUUGGUUUCUAGUUGUUGUUUUUGGAGGGAAUUGAUUUGGUUGCUCAUUCAAUGCCAGUAGUCAGGACUCAGUACAGACAAUGUUUUAAGCCUUGUAUACCUUGAAGUAGUUUUAGGAAGUACAAUGGGUUUUGGUUUUUGUCUUUUAAUGGCAAUGGGGUUACAAUGAAUGCAUGUAUUUAUUGGGGGAGGUUGGGCAUGGUUUCUACCUAGGCAACUGUUCGAUAAGGAUUGAUAUUCUGGUCAGAACUGUGGAGGGAGCUCCCUGACCCUGACCAGUCUGUACAGAAUAGCUUUAUAUUUCUUAUUUUUUUCGGCGGAGAAUAGCACAGAUGGGUUGUGCUUCUUCCAGCCUUGACAAUGAAGAGAAAGUGGCAAGAUGCAAGAAGAGAAAGAAACUGAUGAAACAAGCAGUGGAUGCUAGGAAUGAGUUUGCAAAAGCACAAAUGUGCUACUUGUUGGCAUUGAGGAACACUGGUGCCACACUUAGACAAUUUGCAGAAGUAGAAUCAAUUGAGCUUAACAGGGCUUCAUCUUAUAAUCAGUUCCGUCAUUAUAGGAUCACCUUGCCACCUCCUCCUCUUCCUCCACCACCACCACCACCUCCUCUUCCUCCACCAACACCUCCUCCCCACCUGUAUUUGCAGCCUACUGUUGUCUCUCCCCUCCAUAGAUCUGUAAGUUCCAAUUUUUCAAGCAUCCCAGACAAUCUGACAGAUCAUCGCAACAACAGUAGCAACAAACCAUCAUCUCCUCCCAAGCAUUCAACGGCCUCAACACAGAACUGGAAUUCCCAACAUGAUUCUGACAUAGAAGCACAAACUCCUCCACCACCACCUUCAGGGCAGUUAUCAGGAUGGGACUUUUGGGACCCAUUUAGCGACUCCUCUCCUGCUCAUGUUUCUGAACCUAGAAGAAGCAGACAAAUAUCAGAAGAUGGACUUAAGAAGCAGCAACAGCAGCAGGAGCAGGUGAACGUGGAAGAAGAACAAUGGGAUGAAACACAGACAGAAUUUGAGGAUGAACAGGAAGUGGAAAACAUAAACAACAGGUUUCCUGAUAAGUCUCCUGCCAUAGAAACUGAUGACAACUCUUCUAUGAUCAGUUGGUACAGUAAAAGCACUGAUCUAGCGAUGGUGCUUUCUAGAAAGAAGAAGAAUCUUGUAGAGAUAGUCAAGGAGCUAGAUGAGUAUUUUCUGAAGGCUUCUGCAGGGGGUAAAGAGGUUUCAAGGAUUCUGGAGACAGCGAAGGGCUUUUUAGAUCACAAUUUUGGGGACUCCAAGAUGAACAGUUACCAAUCUGCUAAAGUGUUCAGUGCCUUGUCUUGGUCUUGGUCUUCCAAAUCACCUCUGGCUGGUAGAGAUAGUAUGGAAUAUCAGAACAUUGAUGAGUCAGGUAGGAGAGGAAGCCAUUGCUCAACCUUGGAGAAACUUCAUGCUCGGGAGAGGAGGCUUUAUGAAGAAGUCAGGAGUUGUGAAUUGGCAAAAAUAAAUCAGAAUAAGAAAAUGGCAUUAUUACGCAACCGGGAGUCAAAAGGAAAAGAUGAGAAGAAGAUUGAAAAAACAAGAAUAGCGGUAGCUAUACUGCAAUCUCAAGUACUGGCUGCACACCAGGCUGUAGAUACAACAUCAGCAUCAAUUGUCAAUAUGAGGGAGAAUGAAUUGUACCCACAACUUAUUGAACUAUCAGAGGGGUUAAUGCGAAUGUGGAGGUCCAUGUAUGAGUGUCAUCAAGUCCAAAGUCAUAUUGUGCAGCAAAUCAAUCAGCUGAACAGUCUUCCAAGCACAGAGGCCACGAGUGAUUAUCACAGGCAGGCAACUAUACAGCUGGAAACUGAGGUCACUGCAUGGUACAAUAGCUUUUGUAGCUUGAUUAAAAGCCAAAGAAAGUAUGUGCAGGCUCUUAAUGGGUGGAUCAAACUUAGUCUUCCACAACCUGAGAAUCUAAUAGAAGGAAACUUAGGAUGUUAUGGGCCCAUCACUGUGUUGUUGGAGGAAUGGCAUCAAGCACUUGACAGGUUGCCUGAAAAGGCAGCGUCUGAAGCUAUCAAAAGUUUUAUUACAGUUAUCCAUGCUAUGGUAGUGCAGCAAACUGAUGAACAAAAGCACAGGAGAAAAUCAGAAAGGCUUGCUAAAGAGCUUGAAAAGAAAUUGGCCUCCUUGCAGAGUCUGGAAAAGAAGUAUACUAAUUCUACCCUUGGCAGACCAACGGCAACAGAUACUGCUGGCUCUGGUCUUAGAAACUCCUUGGCAGAGAAGAAGGCUAAAAUUGAUGCAUUUACAAGGAAGGUUCAAGAUGAGAAGUUCAAGCAUGCGGAUUCCAUUCGAAUUACGAGGGCCAUGACCUUAAACAAUCUGCAAACAAGCCUUCCAAAUGUCUUCCAAGCAAUGAUGGGUUUCUCUAGUGUCUGCAUGCUACAAUUUGAGGAUGUGCAUAGCCUCACCAAGUCCUUUAGAUUUUAAUACAUUCUCUAAGAAACUCUAGUUACUUGCUUUAUAUUAUAUGCACAGAAUAGGAAGACAGUUACCAUGACAAAAAAAACCUCCAGAAGCUUCAAGCCAAAAUUUCUCAAAUUUUGGACACCUAUUCACAAUUUUGGUCUAGCUGCUCUAGCAAAACCCAGAAGGUAAAUAUUUGAGACAAGACUAAAUUAAGUGUGUAAGUGCUCAUGUUGUACAUAUUGGAUCCAAACCAAGGCCUGAUAUGUCCAGAUUGUAAUACUGAAUACAAAAUAGUUGUCUCAAGACUAUAUGUAAUAGUUGUGCCAGGAAUCCUGAAAAAUCAUUUCUAUAUACUAUAUUUAAGUCCAAUUCUUAUACA